AUGGCUGGCCGUAUUGCAGCGCAGGAGCCUGGCGGCGAUGCGCCGAUCUUGCACUUACUGGACGACAAAAGUACCCAGUUAAUUAAGCAGGGCGCAGAGGCCAAAGUGUACCGUGCGGCCCUGUAUACCAACGAGCCUACUAUAUACCUUCCAGGCGGCCAGACCAAGGCACGGCCUGCGCACACAGAAUACGUGCUCAUUAAGCACCGCUUUUUCAAAAGAUAUCGUCAUCCUGCCUUAUCGACAAGCGUAACAGCGUCGCGGACUAUCUCGGAGGCGCGCUCGCUGGUCCGAUGCGCACGCAGCGGCGUACAUGUGCCACGCCUUGCAUUUGUGGAUGAGACACGCGGGAUCCUUGGAAUGGAAUGGAUCGAUGGGCCUAGUGUUCGCCAAUGGCUGGGAGGCAUCCCGGAGGUCGACGAGGCAGUGACAAACUCGACCGUAGAUCCGCUGCCGUCCGACGAAGAACAGUUGCGUGUCAUGACACAGAUUGGCGAGCAGCUUGCAGAAAUGCACUGCGCGGACGUGAUUCACGGCGACUUGACGACAAGCAACCUGAUGCUACGUGCGCCCCAUCACGACGUGGUACUCAUCGACUUUGGCCUCGCAUCUGUGUCCAGUUUCUGGGAGGACAAAGCCGUGGAUCUCUACGUGUUAGAACGAGCGUUUGCAUCAACGCACCCUGCGUCGGAACACUUAUUCCACCAGGUACUGGACAGUUACGCGGCACGAACGACGCAGCUCACAAAAGGCAAAGUCUCCAAAGGGGAGCGGCAGCCAGAGGGUGCGUGGCCACAUAUCCAUGCACGGCUGCGCGAGGUGCGGUUGCGUGGACGCAAACGUAGCAUGGUAGGGUAG